ACUGUGAUCUUAUAGUGAAAAGUAAUUUGAUAAUCUAAAUGUUUAUUGAAUAUAAGUACUACAGAAGAUAGACCUAGGGUUGAGUGUUGUUUAUUGAUAUUUAAUGAAGAAUGACACUGUUUACAAUUCAUCAGGAUGUUUAAUGUGUUCCUGCUGAUUGCUAUAGAAUAGCAUUGUUCUUUACAGAAUGUUUAUCUGUUUACUUUAUUGAAGAAAGUAGAACUAAAAAGGGGAGAUGUCAGAGUAUUAGGGUGUUUACAGUACUCUGCUUUACGACUGUCAUAAUGUAGCUGUUGCUGUUUACUCAAGGCGGGUGUUACGGCAGUGGGAGGGGCUUUUACGUGAGUCUUCACCUGUAUGUUGUGGACAUGAACCAGAGAGCUCCUGGAUAAAGUUGAAGUCACAAAUUAACCUGUGUCUGGACAUUCCGUGUUUUAUUACAGGUGUGACAAUGUGUCAUCCCAAUGAGAGAGGACAUCGCUCUUACCUGCUUAUUUUAACACUUUCUGUCAACCUCUACCUCAGCACUGCUUUGUCGCUUCCCUUCACAGCUGCUCCAAUCUUUAAGGAUACACCUUUUGCAGUCAUAUGGAAUGCACCUACGCAUGUGUGCCAAAACCUCAAGAUUCCAUUGGACUUUUCUAGUUUUCAAGCAGUGACCACACCAGCCAGUGAACCUAACCAGUUUCUUUUCCUCUUCUACUCCAAUCGGCUUGGACUAUAUCCAUACACAGAGCCUAGUUCAGGGAGGCAGUUUAAUGGUGGCAUUCCACAAAAAGGAAACCUGACAGCCAGUCUUGUGAAAGCCUAUUAUGAUAUCAUCCAGGAUAUUCCUGAUAUCACCCCAGGAUUGGCUAUGAUUGACUGGGAGCAAUGGCGGCCACUGUGGGCCAGGAAUUGGGGAUCCAAAAAUAUUUAUCGGAAGCUUUCCAUUCAGUAUGCACAGGAAACUAAUCCACUUCUGUCUUCCCGUGAGGCUGCUUCUGUUGCUAUGCAGCAAUUUCAGAAUGCAGCUCAGGCGUACAUGGAGAAAACCAUGCAGCUGGGAAUCAAACUGCGUCCAAAUUACCUCUGGGGCUUCUACCUGUUUCCAGGUUGCUACAACUAUGGUUGGGAUGAACCAGGCUACACAGGUGAUUGCCCGGCGAUUGAGAAAAGCCGCAACAAUGAGCUCCUUUGGCUGUGGGAGUCCAGUACAGCUUUAUAUCCCUCAGCAUAUUUGAAGGUUGGCUUGAGGGAACAACCUGAAGCAGCUCUGUUUGUCCGGGGUAGUGUAAAUGAAGCUGUGAGGGUGUCUGCUCUUCCAAAGUCUCUCUACACUGCACCAAUUUAUGUUUACUUACGUCCUGUCUUCAGUGAUCAGAACAAAAUAUUUCUGAAUGAGGCAGAUCUAGUCCAUACUAUUGGAGAGAGCGCAGCUUUAGGCGCAUCAGGUGCAGUGCUCUGGGGUGCAAGUGCUGACUACAACAGCAAGUCCUCAUGUGAAGCACUGGCUGCUUAUCUGCCCUCUACGCUGAACCCUUAUGUGGCCAACGUAACUGCAGCUGCAAAACUCUGCAGUCAGACCCUGUGCCAAAGCAACGGUCGCUGUGUCCGCCAGAACCCCGAUUCAGCUGACUACCUGUACCUGAACCCAAAUAACUUCAGUAUUCAACAGCAUGAUGGCAAAUAUGUGGCUGUUGGUGUGCCUUCCCAAAGUGAUCUUAAUGUCUUUGUAAACAGAUUUACCUGUCAGUGUUAUGUGGGUCAAGUGUGUUCUGCCAGUACAUCCAUUUCAGUGCCUAAGACUCCAGUAGUUAUUCAAGUGUGAUUUUAAGUCUUCUUGCUACCUGGAUACCUUACUGUAAAAUUAUGCUACAAUGAAUACUUACAUAUAAUUCUACUGCUUUUUUUAAU